GGUGAUGUUCGGUUGGUUGUUCUUGGUAGUUACAUGGGUGUAAUUUUAAGGAUUAUUAGGUUUGACAUCAUGAAUAUGAUCUGGAUAUACAUUUACUUCUUAUUAUUACAACUAAUCACAAACUGAUGUAAAAUUUUAAUAUAAUUGUUACGUAAUCUUUACCCCAGGUUUUCAACUCCUUUUUCUUUUUUCGUGUAAAAAUUUCUCGAGACUCGAAAAAGGAAAUUGUUUUUUUUUCACUUUUGUAUGAUUCAUACACAUGUUUAGAAACCAUCUCCAUUUCUUCCAUGGUCUAAAAGAAGCACUAUUAAACCAUUCCCAUUCAUUUGCAAAAUUAAUAGAAGAAUAUACACUCAUCAUUCAUUAAAUAAUUCAAAACCAGACAGCUUGAUCAAAUACCCGCAUGUUCCAACAGCUUCAAUAAUUAUGUCACAAUUAAAACUAAUAGUGUGUGGUUUAGGUCUUAUAGGACCUCGCCAUGCUGAACAGAUUGCACAGAACAAAGAGACAGAAUUGAUAGCAUUCAUAGAUCCUUCACCAAAGGCACAACUUAUAGCUGACCAAUUCAACGUGCCCUUAUAUUCAUCAUUAACUGAAUUGUUAAAUGCCGGUUUAAGACCAGAUGCUGCCUAUGUUUGUACACCAAAUGCAUUACAUGUUUCUGUUGCCUUAGAGUUGGCUAAUGAAAGUAUUCAUAUCCUCGUGGAGAAGCCUAUAAGCACAAAAGUUGAAGAUGCUAUUGCCUUGAAAGAUUGUGUUGAAUCAAAAGGUGUCAAGUUAUUAGUGGGCCAUCAUAGAAGAUUCAAUCCAUAUAUUUUGGCUACAAAGAAACAUUUAUCAAAACUGGGUGCUAUUAUCGCGGUUGAUGGUGUUUGGACGUUGAAGAAGAAUGAUACUUAUUUUAAACAAGUUUAUUGGAGAAACGUCAAGUCAUUAGGAGGUGGGCCAAUCUUGAUAAAUUUGGUUCAUGAUUUAGAUUUGUUACAAUACCUUAUGGGUCCUAUCAAAAGAGUUUAUGCAGAGAAAUUAUCACAGCAUAGAGAUAUAGUAGAAUCUGAUGAUCCAGUUGAUGAAGGAGCUGUGUUGACUUUGAGCUUUAAAUCUGGUGCUAAAGGUACAUUCAUUGUUUCGGAUAAUGUUAUAUCACCAUUCAAUUUUGAGAUGGGUACUGGUGAAAAUCCUUUGAUUCCUAAAGUGGAGGAUCCAACAGAUGGUGUUUUUUAUAGAAUAUUUGGAACAAAGGGGACACUUACAGUUCCUGAUUUCCACUAUUAUCAUCAAAAUGAUUUAAAACCAGGUUUGGAGAAAGGCUGGUGGGAACCUCUACAUAAGACAGUGUUGGAGAAAGACAUCAGUGGGAUUCCCUUUGCAUUACAAUUGGAUCAUUUUGUUAAAUAUGUGAGAGGUGAAGAAGAUGCUAAAUGUACAAUUACUGAUGGAAUUUCAGCUCUGUUGGUGAUUGAAGCUAUAAUGGAGAGUCUGGAAAGCGGAGCUCCAAGAAAUGUUAAAUCUGUUUCUUCAUUCACUUCAUUCUUGAAAAAUAAGGAUGAAGAUCCAAUCAAAAGUUUCCUAUAGAAAAAAGUUUUGUUUUU